AUGGAGCUAGAGCUGGCGCCGGCGCCCCCAGUCAAUGGAGCCGGUGGCCUGACGGCGCGCCGUAUCGUGGCGGCCCACUGGCUCCCCCUCCGCGCGGCGGAGGACCCAGACUCGCCGUUCGGCUUCGCCUUCUCCAUCGACCACGAAGCGGUGGCGUUCCAGCUCUCGCGUGGCCUUCCGAUGCCCGUCACCUUCAUCGGUACACUGCCCACCUCGGUCGAAUCCAAGGUCGUCCCGUCCGACUACCUCAUGGAGAAUUUCUCCUGCCUCCCUGUGUACCUCGACGACGGCCGCCACAGCGAGUUCUACGACGAUUUCUGCAAGCACUAUCUGUGGCCGCUGGUCCACUACUUGCUGCCGCUCUCGCCGGCCCACGACGCUGACCUGCGCUUCGACACCGGUAUGUACCGAACGUUCCUCGCGGUGAACAUGCAGUUCGCGGAUCGCGUUAUCGAGGUGUUCUCCCCGGACGACGAUGACCUCGUCAUCGUUCACGACUACCAUCUCUGGGUGCUCCCGACCUUCCUCCGUCGCAAGUGUCCGCGUGCCGGCGUCGGUUUCUUCCUACACUCGCCGUUCCCCUCCCCCGAGAUCUUCAGCACCGUCCCCGUCCGUGACGAUCUCCUCCGGGGCCUCCUCAACGCGGACCUCGUUGGCUUCCAGACCUCCGACUACGCGCGCCACUUCAUGACAUGCUACUCGGGCCACCUCAGCGUCUCGAGCGGCGCACGAAGCGGGCACACGGCAAGCAUCACCUACCACGGCCGGAACGUGGUGGUCAAGACCCUCUCCGUCGGCCUCGACAUGGUCCAGCUCCGGGAUACGCUGGCCUCACCGGAGGCCACCGCCAAAGCGAGGGAGAUCGCGGAUGCGUACCGUGGGCAGACGCUCAUCGUCGGCGUCAACGACGUGGACCGCUUCAAGGGCGUGAAGCUGAAGCUGCUCGCCAUGGAGAAGAUGUUGGAGAGUCACUCGGACGUUCACGAGCAGGUGGUGCUCGUGCAGAUAAACAACCCGACGCGUAGCCGCGGCCGCGACGUCGACGGAAUCCGCGACGAGACGCAUCAGAUACUGCAGCGCAUCAACAUGCGCUUCGCAAGGGCCGGCACAGCUUCAAGCGGGCCCGCUCCAGUGGUCAUGAUCGACGGGCCGGUGCCCAUGUCCGAGAAGGUGGCCUACUACGCCGCCGCCGACUGCUGCGUCGUCAGCGCCGUGCGCGACGGUCUGAACCGGGUGCCAUACUUCUACACGACGUGCAGGGAGGAGGCCCCCGACGCUCAGAAGGGCAGCGCUGUCGUGGUGUCCGAGUUCGCCGGGUGCUCGCCAACGCUGGGCGGCGCGAUCCGCGUGGACCCGUGGGACCUGGAUGGCAUGGCCGACGCCAUGCACGCGACGGUCACCACCAUGAGCACCGAGGAGAAGCAGGCGAGGCAUAGGGGCAACUACGACUACCUACACGCGAAUGACGCCGUCACUUGGGCGCAGGCGUUCGACGACGCCCUGCAGCUCGCCUGCAAGGACCACUCGAUGAUGUGGUUCGUCAGCUUCAGGUUGGGAAUGAGCUACCGCGCCGCCGCGAUCCAGCCGAGCUUCAGGAUGCUCGCGACGGCGACACACCUCUUAUAG